AUGAACUUCUUCGGCACCGCCGUUCCCAAAAACAAGCCCGUCAUCAAAACGAAAACCGUUUCCGUCUCGGUACCUGUCAGGAGGAUCGCAAAACCUGCUGCUCCCCCGUCGAGACCUUCGCCUCUCCCCAAACGCCCCUCGCAGCAGUCCGCCGCCGCACGAGAUCGCCUACCAGCCUUGAAGGAACCGAAAGAGAGGGUUAGAAGAGUCGUCAAGCGCAAGGCCUCGACGCCUACACAACUCUUCAGCGACGACGACGAUGACAGCGGUGUAGAGAGUAGCGCCUCUUCGCUCGACACAAGGAAGCGCAUCAAGUCUCGUGCCACUUCCGAAGACCCCAACCGCAAGCUCGAGGACUCAAGGCUGCGCAAGGAUGAAGGCCGCUUCGACUACAUAUCCGGCGCCUCCCUGGUCACUGGUGAUGUCGCAAAGUCGUACAGAUCCGUCUUCCCGGGAGACUCACCCACCGUAGUCAAGCUGCAAUACCCUGGACUGUCAAUACCUGAAAAGUUCACCCUGGUCAAGAACGGCGUGCAGCAGGACUACCAACCUCUAGACGAUAUCCGAGAAACUGUCAAAUUCAUCUGCCAGAACUACUUCCCCGAGAACUUGGCUCAGAAAUACCUUGACGAUGAGAACGGCUUUGAGCGCCGCCUACUCCGUGCAGCCAGCAAAGGCUCAAAGGAGGACUACAUGGGCACAAUUCAGGAUUUCAACACUAUGAUCGUCAAGGCUAGAAGAGACGGAACAAUCAGUCAGGAGCUGUCCACAAAGCAUAGCAUGACUCUUGAAUGGAUCCAGCGUAUCCUCGACCAGAUCUACACCCGUACCGUCUCGCCCCAAGUCGACAGCCUCAAGGCUUAUCAGAAUGGCACCGACAACGUAUAUGGAGAACUGCUGCCGCCCCUUGUCUCGGAAAUGUUGGGCGUGGCCGAUCUCAAGUCUGACCAGGUCUUUGUCGAUCUGGGUUCUGGCGUCGGCAAUGUUUGUUUGCAGGCCGCUCUCGAGAUCGGUUGCGAGAGCUGGGGCUGCGAAGUCAUGGACAACCCUUGCAAGCUCGCCGACCUGCAAGCCAAAGAGUUCCCUGCUCGCGCGCGCAUGUGGGGAUUGUCAGUCGGCAAGGUACAUCUACUCAAAGGCGACUUCCUAGCAAACGACAAGAUCGGCCUAGCUCUCAAGCGUGCCGACGUUGUCCUCGUCAACAACCAAGCCUUCAGCCCAGACCUCAACAGCAAGAUCAUGGACCGCUUCCUGGACCUCAAAGACGGAUGCCGCAUCAUCAGUCUCAAACCUUUCAAGCAAGAAGGCUACGAGAUCAGCGAUCGCAACCAAUACGAUCCUCGCCACCUUCUUGUCGACGAGCGCAAAUUGCCUUUCUACUCCAAGUGCGUGAGCUGGACUGAUGCCCCUGGCGAGUACCAUAUUGUGCGCAAGUCACCCGAGCGCCUUCAACAGUACAUUGACGAAAACACAUCAAGACCUCGAAGAAGCUAG